GAAAGAUCACCCAUACAGGCAUCCUCCUCCACAAGUAAGAAGCUGUGGCCUCAGCUGUUCACACCUUCGUCGAGAGUUUCUGGAGUCCGAUCCCAUUUCAGCGCGUUUCUUUUGUUUUGAGAAGGAGCACUAACCCACGUUGCAUAACAGUGAAGGUUACUCUGUCGGGCAGCUGGUCGCAUUUUUCUUUAGAGCAAGCUGCAAAGGUCUACCGUGGAACGCCACUGUUUUCUCUGUGCGUGGCAAUGUAAAUUACUUCUGGUCAACUGUUUUCAAAAACCUUUGAUUCCAGCUCCAGCUGAGAAAUGAUUGAGGGUAGUGAUUCGAUAGGUGGCGGCGUUCUGAUGGAAGGGCACGACUUUGAUUUGGUCAAGGCGUCACAGUAUGGAUAUCUGGAACGAAUUCGCCAGCUAGUGGAGACGCAGAAAGUGGACUGUUGCAAGGGCGACGAACAGAACAUCACGCCAAUGCACUGGGCUGCCAUCAACGAUCGCUUAGAUGUUGUCAGAUACUUCAUUGAUCGUGGAGCCGAUGUCAAUGCCAUCGGUGGCGUUCUAAACGCCACUCCGCUGCACUGGGCCACCAAGCGCGGUCACUUGGGUAUGGUCAUGCUAUUGGUGAAGAAUCAUGCUGACAUACGGCUCAAGGACGGAGAAGGUCUAUGCGCAUUGCAUCAGGCUAGUCAAUGUGGCCAUUGGACUAUCUGUGCGUAUCUCACUGCAUCUGGGCAGGAUGUGGACGAGCGAGAUGAUAAUGGCAUGACGCCCUUGAUGUGGGCGUGCUAUAACUCCUUCAGUCAAAACCCAACACAGUUCUUCAUUGCAAACAACGCCAUGCUCUCUUCAGUGGACAGUCGACAAGGAAACACACCUUUGCACUUUGCAGUAAUAGCGGGCAACAAUGUAGUCAUUCCCAAGCUGUUGAAGGCUGGUGCACGGCUGGAUGUCACCAAUGCCGCGGGUCAAACCCCGCUGCAGUGUGCUCGCCAACAGCAGUCAUCACGUCUUACCAUACAACACCUGGAGACGGCCGGCCGUGCACGCAACAAUCUUAUAGACAGGUGUUUCCGCUCCAUGCGACUCAACCCGAUCCGUGCACGUGAGGCGGUGCGCUCGUCUCUGCCCGGCAUUUGUCUGGCUGGUUUUGGCUAUACGGCGGGCGUGAUCAGUGGGUGGCUGGCGAUGUUUGCCGCUUGGAUUGCCAUCUCCUUUACGCUCAGCUAUAUCUCUGUUCAUAUGACGAGUAAAGACCCCGGCUUUCGCGAGACCACACCGUACGGCCUGUUCCUGAGCGUCAUGGUCCUAAUGUACUUCACCUGGUUUGGUCUCUUCUGGCCUUAUGUGAAUAGUUACACUAUCAUGAUACCAUUCUUCAUCAAUACCAUAGCUUUAUGGUACUACACGUACAAAUCCGUAUACAGUGAUCCAGGAUUCGUCAAACAAGACCGCAAAUCCAGAGCCAAGGCUAUUAUUGAGUUUGCAGAGCAAGGACAACUUGAGCAGGGUUCCUUACUGUGUCAGACGUGUAUGGUGAAGCGACCACUGCGUAGCAAGCACUGUUCUAUGUGUGACCGAUGUGUUGGUUGCAUGGACCAUCACUGUCCCUGGGUAAACAACUGUAUUGGCUCCGGGAAUCACCGUGAGUUUGUACUGUACCUGUUCUGGCUACUGGGUAUGAACAUCUGGUACCUUUACGGCGUCCGCACAUUUUACAAUGCGGAGUGUUUGACCAUCCAAGAGGCAGACCCGAUCAUGGACAAGCUAUCAAAGUACGGCGUGUGUUCUCCGUGGGUGUUUAUACUCACUGUGCAAGGUGCUUUCUACACGGUCUGGGUGAUAUGCCUGCUUCUCAUGCAGGUCUAUCAGGCGGUCUUCUGCGCAGCCACCACCAACGAACGCUUCAACAUGUUUCGCUAUCGUCACUUUCAGCGCAAGAAUGGCCGUAAUGAGAGUCCGUUCAACCGUGGCAUUAUCCGCAACUGUGCGAGCUUUUUCAAAUGCUCCUGCUUUGGCAUGGUGAAGUACGAGACAUACGACUGGCUGCAUGAGUACGACAUCACCAAGUUCGUUGACGUGGAGGAGCUAGCCAGCGAGGCAGAGGUGGAGGCAAACGCGGCCGCUCACAAGCGACGGCGAGGGCACACCCACGGCGGAGGGGGCCAUCACGGCCACUCGCACGACGACGGCGGCCAGGAUAACGUGUGCAAGCACGGCAAGGUGCACACGCACUCGCACGGCCAGUCCGGCGGAGCGGCCGCAUCGCCCUCGAACGCCGCAGGCUCGGGCGGUCUUGGCGGCCUCUUCGGUCACUUGCACUCGCACGAUGGCCAGGCACCUGGAGCUGGCAGCCACUCGUCUCGCUUCUAGAUUUUACCAGUGCUUUCAGACCACACGGCGGAUCACCAAUACUCCCGUGCAAAUUGUCCGCCAAGUUGGGCAAGGUUUCUAAACCUUGUCUGUUCAAAGUCAUGUGUGUUUCGGAUGGGAGAGAAAUAGCUCGAUCACCAGUGUCAUUCGACGUUGUUCACUAUAGUCUGUCCUGUCGUGCAAACGCACACCGGUUUACUUCAUCGUGUUGUGUUGUUGCUACCCACCAAAGUCGGUGUGAUGUCGCGCUGUUUCUGUCUUUUGCCCAUCCACUUGCUCGCCGUAGCGCUGCAUGCAGCGGUGCGUGCAGUCAUGAACAUAAUAAUAUGUAUGUAUUGUUAACAACCUGAGUGUGCGUACCUGUGUGUAUAUAUCCCCAUCUAACCCCAUCACUCUAGUAUCAGGUGCUUGUGCGUGUAGACUACUCGGAGGCCUGCCACCUGCCAACACUGCGCCUUGUCUGUCUACCAUCAGCCAGGCAAUACGCAAACCAGCAGUCCCUGCCCAGCGUUUCAAUUUCAGCAUAUCUCCAAAUUACUCAUCAAUAAGUCUUCUUUCUAGGUUUUUUUUUUACCAAAUGGCUUCUUCGAGCUUCCUGUACAGAGCACACACAUCUUUUGUAACGCCUUUGGAUAUUUUUUCUCUUGUUCAGAGCUUUUAUGGCAUAGGUAAACCUUUCUCCCAGUAGCUUUUUAGUUUUCUUUCUUCUACAGGUGUUGUACCUCUAAGAUAAGUGUCUCUUGAUGAAACAUAGGGCAGUUCACUAUUUCAACUAACUCAUUACUUUCUUCUGUUUUUGCAAUUAGCGAAUCACUCCUGCUCAUUACUCAAUUUGCUUUCAAGUUUCGUUGUUGUCUCUGCUACUUCAUGGCGUGUUCAGCUCUUUGUUGUAACCUGAACACUUACGCGGAAACUAAAACAGUUUCCCCAUGCGAUUCUCAGUCCCCUAGCCCUGGCGAGACUCGUACGAGAUGUA